AUGCCGGGCGUUCGAGAUGUCGCUGCAAACGACUUCAUUACUGCAUACAGCCAACACUUGAAGCGAUCAGGCAAGCUGGAAGUGCCUACCUGGGUCGACAUCGUCAAGACGGGUACCUUCAAGGAGCUAGCGCCGUAUGACCCAGACUGGUUCUAUGUCCGCGCUGCCGCCGUCGCUCGUCAUGUCUACCUCAGAAAACACGUCGGUGUCGGAUCGCUGCAGAAGCUCCAUGGUGGCUCGCAGAACAGGGGCAACCGUCCAUCUCGUCAUCGUGACGCAUCAGGUGGGCUGAGCGUGACCAGCGAGAUAGAGCCCAAGGCUGAUUUGCGCUAUCCGGCAGGCUCCGUCGAGCGCAAGGUGAUGCAAGGCCUCGAAAAGAUUGGCGUGCUCGAGAAGGACCCACGGGGUGGCCGAAGAAUCAGCCAGGACGGACAGCGAGACUGUAUGUGCCUCCUUGGCAGUACUGCUGACCAAGCUCAUGGUCAAGCAGUGGACCGAAUCGCAUCCUCGCUCGUGGUGCGCGACGACGAGGAAGAGGCCGAGGAUGAUGAGUAG